GACAAACGAUACAAAAUUUUCUCGAAAAUUUUGUUCGAAAAACGGAAAGUUCGACUUAUGAAACGUUAGACAAACUAGGUACCACUGUAAUUGAAAAGUGUCGUAACCUCAGAACUGUCCAUCAGGCCUCCUAAAAUAGUUGUAACCUACCCUUGGCCAUUCUUGAAUUGGUGAACUGUCCCAUAUUAAUCCUGCUUUGAAUUGUUAAUCAUGUAGCUAAAUGCAUUUCAUCGCCAAUGACUGUUGUGAUUAGUGUUUUAAUUGCUUUCCCUGUUAGCAUUAAGUUUAGAAAAAUGAACAAAUUUAUUGGCAUUGCAAGUACUCACGCCAUUCCCCCUCGACAGAGCGCAAAAGGCAGGCAGAACAGCAGCAGCGAACACAGCAGCAUGUGCAGCCAGAACAGCCGAGAUUGCCCCAGCCUACACCCAUGAACCCAGGCAUCCCAGCCUAUGUCCCAUCCAAAGAUAAGAAGAAGAAUAACAAAAAAGGCAAUAAAAACAAGAGCAGACUCAGCAAAGAACAAAUUGGAAUGCCAACUGACUUUAAGCACAUUACUCAUGUUGGCUUUGAUCCAGACAAGGGACUCACGCAGUUUAAUGUUGACGACAAACUUGAGGGAUUUUUCAAGAUGGUUGGUGUGAGCGAGCAGCAGCUGUCAGAUCACAGGACCCGAGAGUUCAUCUACGACUUUAUUGAGAAGAAUGGAGGAGUCGAGAAGGCCAUGCAGGAAACCCAGCGGUACUCGUCCCAGCCGCCACCUCCCCUUCCCACAGCAUCCAUCAACAGCACUUUGUCGCACCACCAGCCUCCCCCCCCACCCCCUGUAAGUGCUGUGCCCCCACCCACACCCCCAAAUAUCCCCUCCAGGACACCUAGCACUAGGGCAGCCCCUCCUCCCCCUCCCAGGAAUAUACAUCAUCCACCUCCACCACCACCACCUAACUCCGCCCCACCUCCGCCUCCUCUUACUCCACGCGCUCCUAUGCCUCCGCCUCCUGGACAGGUUAUUGCAGGUUCCAAGAAGAGUCCUCUUCCUCCCCCGCCACCCUCAGCUAAUCACAGCGUGCCGCCUCCCCCUCCACCAACAUCAACGAUCCCAACCCUCGCAAAUGCCAGCUCGUCUAACAGAGCCGCACCACCUCCACCACCACCACCCAUGGCCCCUAAUCCCCUUAGUAAUGCACCUCGUCCUCCUCCCCCACCUCCUGGGGGAGUACCGCCAGCCCCUCGAAUCCCUGCUGCUCCAGCUCUCUCUGAUGUUCGCUCAGCUCUCAUGGAUCAGAUACGUACAGGUGGCAAUCAACUCAAGCAGAAUAGUCAGCAUGGUGACCAGAAAGUGGAACCAAUUGAGAGGCAGCCAAUCCUAGACUCGAGGAGUCAGCUGUUGGACCAGAUCAGAGGUGGAGUCCAGUUGAAGAAUGUAAAGGAUCAUGCCGAGGGUGGAGGUGGUCCAAAGAAUGAUGCUGUUCCGCUGGAAGGAAUGGCCCUGCAGUUGAGUCGUGCCUUGCUAAUCCGAGCUCAGGCCAUCCAGUCAGAGUCAGACGAUUCCGACGAAGAGGAAGAAGAUGACGACGAGUGGGAUGAUGAUGAUGCAUGAAGAAGGGUAGGGUUAUAGAAGCCCUGAGUUGUGGUAGAAGGAACAAACUUGCAAGAUUAAUUGGGCAAGUUUUAUUGAGAGUUAACGACUAUUUGUCAAGCAAUCUCAUGGCCCCUAUGGUUUCUCAGUUAAUUGCAAACUAGUUGCUGGCUUGAGUUAACUGUAAUGCAACAUUGCUGCAUGUGAGAAUAUAUAUCUUUUGUUCUUGAAUAACUUUAAACUAAAGUUUUCCAGUGCUGACUGCUGGAACAUCAUAUAUUUAAAAGGUUUAUAUAUACUGCAUUUGAUGUCACCCAUUUGAUCCCAUGAUGUCAAUAAAUGACAGAAACUGGAGAGCAGUUGGUGAUUGCAGUAAGUCAUUGUUUUAUGUGUUGUAAGCUUUGUUUGUUUUUUGUUAUAGUGGAAAUUUUUUUUUUUUUUUGAAAUCUUAUAAGUAUCAUGAAAUUGUUGAUUGCCCUGUAACUCAUGCAGAAAGGAGCAUAUGGUAGAUUUUACCCUGAAUUGCAAAUGUACUGUAUUAAUUUUUGUGUUUGAGAUAUUUUGUAUUAUUCUUGAUAAAACAGCAGAUAGUAUCUAUUAACCCAGCAGUUAUCCAUCUGUUUAAUAGUUGUAUUAAUAGAUGAUAAUGUUUGUUGAAAGAGCAAUCUCAUGAGAGCUUGGAAAAUGAAGUGAUCUUUUUUUAGACUAAUAGAAGUCACAGGUUGGAUUUUAAUGGUUAAAAGGCUUUCAAUAAUAAUUUCACUUAUUUUGAAAAAGAUUUGGAACUAGACUUUGUGCUGGGAGAAUUACAGGUUAUAAUUUUACAGAAUCACAGUCCAUAUUUUUCUUACAGGAUAAAAAAUUUCAUUUGGCACCUAGAUGGGUGUUAGAUAAACAUAAAGUACAUAUAUAAAUAUCAGGUUAGCAGCCCUUUCCAUAACUGGUGAAUUUAUAUUUUAGCAAGGUUAUUACAACUACACAGCUCACUAUUGCACUGUCUGCUAUCAAAGAUGGUUGUUAUUAACUAGGUAACCAACCCGUUACAAAAAUGAUACAGAAUGUAUAAUUUUUUGCAGUUUUAUUCAGCUUAUGUAGAAUUGUACUGUGCUUUGGAUAAGUAAAGAAUGAAUUAACUAUAAAAAAUUGAAUCUCAUAGAAUGAGGCAAGUGCCUAUAAUCUGUAAGUGGAAGUUUGAACUGCAUAUGCAUGUCUUUGGAGUUUAAUAUAUUUGUCGACCUCAGAUGUGCAGUCAUGAAAGAUUGACAGCCUAGGCCUGCCCAAUGAGAGUAAAGUAUUAUUACUUAGUGGUCUGGUUAAACGAUCAAAUAAUGAGUAGCAACUUUCUAACGUCUCCAGGAAGUUUUGAUGACGAAAAGUUCCACUAACAGAAUACAUACCAUAGCAUAUCCACAAGCGCCCAUUCACUUGUCAUGUUUGCAGUGACAAACAUUGAGAACAGAGUAAAUGUUGACUGCAUUUGUUAGUAAACCUAAUACAGCUGCCAAUUUUUAAAUGCGUAAUUAGUUGCAGUUUUCUCAGCGAAUGUAAAUACUAAUGAUCUGACCCAGAUCUAAGUUCUCACAGACUCUCUGUACUAGUCCUUUGGCUUUAGGUUUAUUAUUUAUAAAACCGAUUCCGAGAUUGAUAUAAGCUUUGACCAAGAAAUAUGUAUAGAUCUGCCUUGAGGAUUUAACUGCCUUUUCCUCUGUACAGUUUGAUAAGCAAACAUCUUGUCUCAUGUUAGGUUUUCUCGUUGUUUUUACAACUCUAUUGCUUAUGCAGCAUAUAUACUACUUAUAUACUGUACUCUAUAUAUAUAUAUGUAAAUAUGUCUGAAAGGUAUUCUAGGUUUAUAUAUCUGCCUUUUAGAAGAGUUUAUGUCCUGCCGCUGAAAUUUUUCCUAAUUGUUUGCCAUUUUGUUGGAUCCAUUUUCUUACAUUAUUUUGAAUAGUUUUCCUUCUCAGUGGAUUAAAAAAAAUAAACUAUUGUUCUUGGGUUUCUACAUGACCCCUUUCAUGAAAUAUGUAGCUUUUAAUGUUAAUUAGAAUCUCUGCAUUUGAAUUUUAUCCAUUUUAUGAGAGGACUUUUAGUCUUUUCACUUUCAUAAUUUCAUUUUAUCCAUGAGUAUAGAUUUAGUUGAUAUUUGUAAUAGUAAAUCAAGUGUUCCCUCCAUUUGUAACCUUGAAAAUGUUAAUUGGUGGGUAGGAGGAUCAGGACUCACUGGAGGUGGAACUGACCACCAGGGGAUCAUUGACAGCUAUGUUAUGUUAUUGUCUUAGGGGGGUAUACUUCAUUGUGAGGUGGUUUGUGAUAUAAUGGCUCCUGUUUCUGUGAAUUGGUGAUAUCUUGUAAAACAACUUGAACCCUGGCAGUUCAAUGGCUUCCAUAGCGUGGCUAGGAAGUCGUCGCUAUCUUAGAUUAAGCAAGCCUUGUUCUAUCACAGGCUCUUGCUGUAGAACAAGAAGUCUUUUUUUUAUUUUUGACACCAGUGUGCAGCGUUUUCCUGUUUUGCAUUUAGUGAUUGUGUGUAUAAAACAUAUAAUUUAGUCACUUCACAGAUUUUUAUUACAUAAGUGUUUCACGUAAGAUGAAAAUAUUGGUUAUUUAAUGUGAAGAUAUGUGUACUUCGGUUGUGAAGUCAUGUUUUGUCUUGAAAUUAUGUAAAAAUUUUUGUUGCACUUUCCUAUGUUAUAUAUAAAAAGGAAGAAGAGUAACAGAAUAAUUGUGUUUUCCAUUAUGAUAUUUACAGGUAGUUACCUCUAUAUUUAAGGGAUGUUGAUGGACUAGGAGUGACAAGCCAUUGCAUUAUGUAGGUACAGAUUUAUUCUGAUAUAUUGUACAAGAAUUUGGGUGUUGGGAAAAAAUUAAUUUUUGUUUUCAGUGAGUUAGAAUUUGUUUUUAGAUCUGCUUCCAGCGAAGUUUUCCUAAAGAUGGAGUAUAAGUAUAUUAGAAUAAAAGUGUUAUUGUACC